CUGGCUUCCACGCUCAGACUUCUCCCAGGCCUUCGCCUCGAUAUACUCACAGUACUUGGCCUCCGCACGAAGGAAGUUAGCUACGAUACUUUGAAUAGUCUCAUAAGGGAAAGCUGUGGGUGGAAGGAACUUCAGUACAUCAGCCACAGCUCAGAAGUGCUGGGAUUUGCGAAGCUUGAGCGGCUUCACUUUGGCGAUGAAAGUAUCUUAGAAGACAGAGACGGUGCUCUAUCAAGGCCUCCAGUCGCCAUUUACCGUUCAACUGUGUCUGACUGUCCCGGCUCAGUCAUUAAUGUGAACGCGCGCGCGCGAUUCGAACAGAAGAUGCCCGAAGACACAGCAGCACAAGAAGCCUUUGGCAUAGCAGAGGAUGCAGGACUAAUGGCUUAUGGCGAGAGAGGCAAAAAGAUUAUGAUCAUCGUCAAGAGAGGGGCCGGUGUUAAUUACGAACAAAAGAAAGACUCGCGAUUCAUUCAAAGCGAUAUUCGCCGGGAUAUGCCAGGGAAGACUUGGAAGGAAAUUCGAUACGAGUGCAUCGAUCGCAUCUUCGUAGAUGAUGAU